AUGAGCUGCAUGAAUAAUUCGCAUGGUGCUGUUGAAAGACCUAACAGAAGUGAGCAUAUGCAGGAUUAUUUUGGAGCUUAUUGUGGGAGUAGAGGCUUUCAAGAAAGGAACGUUGUAAAAGAUUCUAGUGCACGAAACAGAGGUUUUAGAGGAUUUUCUGGUGGCUUUGGUCAAAGUGAGGGCAUUAAAGAUGAGCAAAGAGAAGAACCUCAGUCCGGCAUUUUUCGUGGCUCUAGAGGAAGAGGAGCAUUUGGAGGUCGUGCAGCAGCUUACAAAGAAUGCAAUGAAGAAACAGGUGUUGGAAGAGGUCCAAAGGUGACGUACGUGCCCCCUGCUCCACCUGAUGAUGAACAAGCCAUCUUUGCACAUUAUCAGACAGGAAUUAAUUUUGACAAGUAUGACGAAAAUGUUGUUGAAGUGUCAGGACUUGACCCUCCAGCACCAUUACUGUCUUUUGAUGAAGCUAACCUCUGUCAGACUUUAAACAUGAACAUUGCUAAAGCUGGAUACUCUAAACUUACUCCAGUGCAGAAGUACAGCAUUCCUAUUAUACUGGCAGGACGGGAUUUAGUGGCAUGUGCUCAGACAGGAUCAGGAAAAACUGUGGCUUUUCUUCUGCCAAUUGUGGCCCACAUGAUGAGAGAUGGCGUAACUGCCAGUAGCUUUAAAGAGCAUCAAGAACCGGAAUGUAUUAUUGUUGCCCCAACUAGAGAACUGAUAAAUCAGAUCUUCCUAGAAGCACGGAAAUUUGUGUAUGGAACUUGUGUAAGGCCUGUUGUGAUCUAUGGAGGUACACAAACAGGCCAUUCAAUCCGUCAGGUCAUGCAAGGCUGUAACAUACUAUGUGCCACUCCAGGGCGGCUUCUAGACAUCAUUGGAAGAGAAAUGAUUGGUUUGCGUAAUGUGAAAUAUUUGGUGCUAGAUGAAGCAGACCGCAUGCUUGGUAUGGGAUUUGGGUUAGAUGUGAAGAAGCUGAUUUCUUACCCAAGCAUGCCACCAAAAGACAAGCGUCAAACACUAAUGUUUAGUGCCACUUUUCCUGAGGAAAUUCAGAGGCUCGCUGGCGAAUUUUUGAAAUUUGAUUAUUUAUUUGUUGUUGUUGGACACAUGGGUGGAGCUUGCAGUGAUGUUCAGCAAAAUGUUCUCCAGGUUCCUCAGUAUUCCAAGAGAGAUAAAUUGAUGGAAAUUCUACAAAGCAUAGGUCAUGAACGAACCGUGGUGUUUGUGGACAAAAAGAUGAAAGCAGACUACAUUGCAGCCUUUCUUUGUCAAGAAAGAAUAUCAGCCACUAGCAUCCACGGAGAUAGAGAACAGAGAGAGAGAGAAGUAGCUCUUCAGGAUUUUCGUUCUGCAAAAUGUCCGGUUCUUGUGGCAACUUCAGUGGCAGCAAGAGGUCUGGAUAUUGAAAAUGUUCAACAUGUUAUUAAUUUUGACCUUCCUUCCACCAUUGAAGAGUAUGUACACCGAAUUGGACGAACUGGUCGUUGUGGAAAUACAGGCAAAGCAAUUAGCUUCUUUGAUAACAAUUCAGAUGGCCAUCUUGCACCAUCUCUAGUUAAAGUGCUUUCAGAUGCCCAGCAGGAAGUUCCUGUGUGGUUGGAAGAAAUUGCUUUUGGUUUUCAAGGAGGAAGAGUCUUUACAUCAGUUAAUAACCAAAAGAAUUACAGAGGCAGAGGCAACAUGAACCCAGGAGGAGUGAAGACGUAUUCUGCAAGUGCAUUUGAGUCAUGGGAUUAA